AUUAUACUGUGGAACAGCACCGUGGUUUUGCUGAUCAAAAGCUUCAAGUUCUCUGGUUUUCUGCAACAUUAACUUCUCUUCUUCCUCUUCCUUCUCCUGUUUCUUUUGUGAUUCAUGGGCAGCUAGCUUCCUGCCAGGUGGCAUAAUAAGGCGAGACCUGUCCCUUGCACACGGCAAGAAAGCACCGCUUUGCGUUUGUCACUUCUCUUCUUCUUCUUCUUCUUCUUCCUCCUCACCCUCCUCCUGCUGUUAUACUUCCCUUCCAAGUAUUCCUCUCAAUUGCUCCUUAACCAAACACGACGCCCAAAACCGUAGAGCUUCUCUGAAAGAUCGGUUCUUCUUCCUUUUUUUCUUUAAACUUGUAGCCAUGAGUUCGCCUUCUCCAAGGAAGAAAAAUACUUCAGCUGAAGCAGUGGUGGUCCAACCAUCGUCUCCGCGAUUCGCUGUUAGUACUCCGACAUCUGGUGCACAACGGAGAAUCGGCAUCGCCGUUGAUCUUAGUGAUGAGAGUGCUUAUGCUGUCAAAUGGGCCGUCCAAAACUACCUCCGCCACGGUGAUGCCGUUAUCCUCGUUCAUGUUCGACCUACUGGUGUUCUCUACGGUGCCGACUGGGGUGCAAUUGAUCUAUCUAUAACUGAUCAGGAUUCUGAGAACCAAACUGAACAUUCCCAUAAAAAGCUCGAGGAUGAUUUCGACCUUUUUACCUCUACUAAGGCCAACGAUCUGGCCCAACCGCUCGUUGAAGCGCAGAUUCCAUUCAAGAUUCAUAUAGUGAAGGACCAUGACAUGAAGGAGAGACUUUGUUUGGAGGUGGAAAGGCUUGGGCUUUGUGCGGUGAUUAUGGGUAGCAGAGGAUUUGGGGCUUCGAGAAGGCACACCAAAGGGAGGCUAGGUAGUGUGAGUGAUUACUGUGUGCAUCACUGUGUUUGUCCUGUGAUUGUUGUGAGGUUCCCUGAUGAGAAGGACGGUGCAGCUGCUAAGGGGCCUGGUGGCUGUGUCAAGAAAGAUGAGAAGAAUGGAGAGGUACGGCCCCCUUUGAUGGAGGCGGCAGAGCAGGAGUUUCAUGAUGCUUCUGAUAAACAAGCAGAUAUGGAGAAGGCUUCUUGAAUGGAAAAUGAAGAUGCCAAGGUGUGAAAAGGUUGAAAUGCUCUGGAUGGUUUGUACAUUGUGUUGGAAAAAACUUGUGUAAUUUCUGAUCCCUGUUUUCUUCACAUUUCGUACGCCUUGUGUAUUUGCUGUUGGGAUGGUGAACUGGGGUGGGGAUGAUCACUUGCCAUGGUUUAUUUGGAGUUUAGGUGCCCCCCAUCCCCUUUCCUCUUCCUAUUUACCUUGUAAUGAAAUGGUAGAUGAGAUGAAAACUUGCUAUUCCGAGUUACAUGUCAUAUAAUAUCAAUGUUGAUAUCUGUUAUCAGUC